AUGUUAAACGUUGAGUCUGGGACGCAUAUUGUCGCACUAUUGACUGAACUUGGAUAUUUUGAUGCACGAUCAUUAAUCGCCAGUACAUACAAUGACAGAAAUCUUACAUCUAUGUUAAAAAAAAUGUAUUUAUUAUUUAAAGAUAAAUCGGCAGCAGUACUUUAUGUUAAACAGACAGAUGGUGCUUUUGUUAUAAAACCGGGUAUUGUUGGGAUGAUUGCAUCAUUAAUUAUCGAUUUACGAAAUUUACAGCCAGCAUAA